UGCUUUUCUAGUCACCAUUGGACUAUAAAACGCGUAGCGAGGCUCCAAUUUGUUUGCUGCUGCCUCUGCCGCUCUGCUUCUUCAGCCCCUUCUUCUUCCACCUCUCUUCUCUUCCUCCCGUCUCCACGGGCAGAUUCAUCUUCUGCGUUCCCUUAACGUGGUGGGAGACUUAGAAAGGAGGAUCUGUUGUGUUGAGAGGGUAGUGGUGCUUGCGUGAAAUAUGGUGUCUGACGCCAGCAAGAAGAAGGCAGCAGCCAAGAAGGCGGCUGCUGCUGCAAAAAGAGGAGCGAAAUCGGGCGCUGCUGGCGCGUCUAAAGCAGCCUCUACAGCUGAUGUGCAGAACGGUAGCGCCGGGGAAUUGGUAAAUGGGGUCAGUGCGCUCCAACUAUCAGAUCGGACCUGUACGGGAGUUCUUGCUUCUCAUCCGCUUUCCCGGGAUAUCCAUAUUGAAUCGUUAUCAGUUACUUUCCAUGGUCAUGAGCUGAUAGUGGAUUCUGACCUUGAGCUUAACUAUGGCAGGCGGUAUGGUUUACUAGGGCUGAAUGGCUGUGGGAAGUCCACACUUCUUACAGCGUUAGGAUGCAGGGAGCUUCCAAUUCCAGAACACAUGGAUAUCUAUCACUUGUCUAGGGAAAUUGAAGCUUCUGACAUGUCUGCACUUGAAGCUGUGGUGAAUUGUGAUGAGGAGAGGUUAAGAUUGGAGAAAGAAGCUGAAGCUUUACUUGAGGAUGAGAAUGCACAAGAGACAUUAGAUCGCAUUUAUGAGCGUUUGGAAGCCUUGGAUGCAGCUACAGCUGAGAAAAGGGCUGCAGAAAUCCUUUAUGGCCUUGGUUUUAGCAAGAAAAUGCAGGCAAAGAAAACUCGUGAUUUUUCUGGAGGGUGGCGCAUGAGGAUUGCAUUGGCUCGUGCUCUCUUUAUGAAUCCAACAAUUCUCUUGCUUGAUGAACCUACGAACCACCUUGACCUAGAAGCAUGUGUUUGGUUAGAAGAAACACUGAAGAAGUUCGAUAGAAUCCUUGUUGUGAUUUCACAUUCUCAAGAUUUUCUGAAUGGUGUUUGUACCAACAUUAUCCACAUGCAAAGCAGGAAGCUGAAACUGUAUACUGGCAACUAUGAUCAGUAUGUGCAGACACGUGCAGAGCUUGAAGAGAAUCAGAUGAAGCAAUACAAGUGGGAGCAAGAGCAGAUAGCAUCAAUGAAAGAGUAUAUUGCACGGUUUGGGCAUGGAUCAGCUAAGUUAGCACGUCAAGCACAGAGCAAGGAGAAGACAUUGGCAAAAAUGGAACGUGGGGGCUUGACAGAGAAAGUAGUUAAGGAUAAGGUGUUGGUCUUUCGUUUCACUGACGUGGGGAAGCUCCCACCACCAGUGUUGCAAUUCGUAGAGGUAACCUUUGGGUAUACGCCGGAGAACCUUCUCUACAAGAAUCUGGACUUUGGUGUCGACUUGGAUUCCAGGAUUGCAUUGGUGGGGCCCAAUGGAGCUGGAAAGAGCACCUUGCUGAAGCUUAUGACUGGAGAAUUAGUUCCGUUAGAUGGAAUGGUGAGGCGGCACAACCAUCUGAGAAUUGCCCAAUUCCACCAGCAUCUUGCGGAGAAGCUGGAUUUAAGCGUGUCGGCACUUCAGUAUAUGAUGAAUGAGUAUCCGGGGAAUGAAGAAGAGAGAAUGAGGGCUGCUAUUGGAAAGUUUGGUUUGACAGGAAAAGCACAGAUAAUGCCCAUGAGAAACUUGUCUGAUGGUCAAAGGAGCCGAGUUAUAUUUGCAUGGCUGGCAUGGCGUUUACCACACUUGCUGCUUCUUGAUGAGCCGACGAAUCAUCUUGACAUUGAGACCAUUGACUCAUUGGCAGAGGCUCUCAAUGAGUGGGAUGGCGGGCUGGUUCUGGUCAGCCAUGACUUCAGGCUUAUCAAUCAGGUGGCCAAUGAGAUAUGGGUAUGCGAAAACCAGACUGUAACAAGAUGGGAGGGUGACAUUAUGGACUUCAAGCAGCAUCUGAAAACAAAAGCAGGAUUAUAAGCAUAAAGAUAAGACGUAGUGUUCGGUACACGAUGGCGGCGAUUCUAUUAGGUUUUUAUAUCUAUUUUGUGAUCUUAGGGAAUACUUUGGGGCUUGAUUGUCUGAUUCUCGUAUAGGGUUGGGAUUAUAUUCUAAGGCUGAGAGCAUGUCUCCUUUUGAAAUUACAUUGACGUUUAUCUCUCUUAUGGUAUGAUACUACUUCCACAAUGUAGCGUUAGCAUUGGUUAGUAGAUAAUCUAUUGAAGGAAUAAAAAUAUACUUUUCAGCA